GGGUGCAGAGGGGGCAGGACUGGGAAGACUAGGGGUGACCUGAACAGAGUCGUUCAUUCAACAUACAAGUGACUGUUACCUACCAGCGUGGUGUAGGAGACGGUCAUGUUUUUAAAAGGUCCCACUGAUACCGUUCAGUGGUUCCUAAUGGCUCAACCAGGGGAAUGGAAGUGGAGAUGAGAUAGAUGAAUUGGAAAGACAUUUAGAAGGAAGGAUUAACAAGAUCGGUGAAUAAAAAAGAGUGUAGAAACAGUGGAGGGCAAGGUGGAUUCUUGCUGAUAAAAAAAGAGGAAGAAAACUUUAGCUUAUUCGUUUAAAUUCCCUUACUGCGCACUUUAUUAUGCAUGUUGGAAAGUUGAAGGAGUUUCGUAGGAAGCAUAACCAGUGGCUGUAUCUGGUAUCCCAGGAUCGAUACCACAGACGUGGUGAUAGAGGUGUGCCCAGGUUGCUGCAGAAGCACAGUGAUUUCUCACCAUUUUAAGGGUAAGGGGAAUGGGAUCAAAGAAAAUAUCUCAGAAAACAUGAAGUCUGAGCUGUCUUAGAAGUAAAGUUUCACCUAAUGAAGGGUAAAGACUCACAAGGAACAACAUGUUCUAAAGCCAAAGAGAUGGGAUUUGUGUGUGCUUCACAGGCAUACACGAUGCGUGUGUGUGUGUGUGUGUGCGCGCGCACGCGUGCACGCGUGGGCGUGCUGCGUGUAUUGAGGAGGAUUGAAGAGGAGGGAGAAAAGAAAGUCUGCCUAAUCUAUAAUACUUAGGAGUUUGUCUUUCACUUACGAGACAGAGGAAUGGUUGAGGAUCUUAAAUAGGAAAGGGACAUGAUCACGUUUGCCAACAGUGCCGGUCACUCUUGUGAUAUGGUCCUUGGUAACUUGAAGGUAACAUACUUGGAGGCAGGUGGCUCAGGAUUGGAGGCAGUUGGAGUAAUCCAGACAAGAACUGAUAAGGAGCUAGGGUGUAAAUCAUAGGAAUGAAGAAGAGGGGGCCAUGUGAAGAAAUGGAACACACCAUGCAGCAUUGGAGGUGGGGGGUGGGAACAUUGCAUUUAGAAGGAACAGCCUUCCUACAGGCAUGGUGUCCUGAAAAGACACCCCCUUUCGAUUGGAAGAUCAGCAGUGCACCCAUGAUAGCUCCGUGAUAACACAGCAAAGGGGAGGAUAUUAGGCUUGAAAAAUCAACUGAGGGCUGAUUGUGAAGAGCUUCAUGUGCCAUGCCAAGGAUGUUAUAGCUGAUCUUAUUAACAGAAGUAUUUUUAAAUGUUGAGCAGUGCAGUUGGGACUAUAAUUUAGAAAGAUAGUUAACAUUGGGUUGCCAUUGCUCUUCUGAGCACUUGGCAGAGGGUGGUAUGUUUAAUCCUCAUAGUCACGCUAUUAGAUGGAUACCAUCCUUGCCUCCAUGCCACAGAUGGGGAAACAGGCAUAGAGAGCAUAGGAACUUAACUAUUGGCCUCACACCUACUAAACGGUACAGCCCAAAUUUAACCCCUGACACCAGACUCACUCCUUAACUUACACGCCCUAGGUGGUUCCUCCACCAUCACACACAUCAGGACCACGUGUAGCAUUUCGAAGGAUACAGUUGCCUACAUUGACUAAAUCCCAAGUAUCCAGAAGAGUGUUGAGUGAUACUUACUUUGCAAAAGCUUCACCAUAAUUAUGCUGCCCUUUACUCAUGGUCGAGUACGCAGGGAUCCCAGUUAGGAAGUUAGGUCAAUAGUCCAGGCGAGAGCUGAGGGCCCAAACUAAAGCGGUCUCUGGCAAAGAGGAGGAAACAGAUUUAGAGGCUUACGAGGUAGAAUUGGUUUAAUGGGCUGUAAGCAAUGGGAAAGAAUCAGAAUUGAGUCUAAAGAUUACAAAGUUGAGUGUUUACUUAGCUAGUGAUGAUCUCAGCCAAGACAGGAUCUUGGGAAGAGGGGUGGAUUUGGGAGUCAGCAGAAUGAGUUCAGUUUUGAACACUUGGGUUUGAGGGUCCAGAGGUCCUCCCAUUAAGAUGUCUUAGUAAGCGGAAGGUUGCUCUUGGGAGUGCCUGUGCACCCGCCACUGUGUAAGGGGCUUUCCUCACUGUUACCUCACACAAUUUGCCCCUCAAAUCUCUUGAGAGUCCCCAUUUUACAGAGGAAUUCAUAUUGAGUGUAAUUCAGUUUGCAGUGAGCCUUUAUAAAGGCUUCCCCAUCUGUUUCAGCCUGGCGGAUGUGUCUCCUCUCCUGGUGUGUAUGUAAACGUGUGUGUGACAUGGUCAGUACCACAUGUUCCAGCAGGCAGUGAGCAGCGUCCUUGGUCCUCACCAUUCUCCUUGCAGGUUCACAGGGUUCUUGAAGAAGAGGUGCAGUUUUUUUCUGUUUCUCUAUGGGGUGUGAACCUGGCCAAGGACAAGGGGUAAGAGAACAUACUUGAGGCAUAGAUCAUCCGAUUUCAGCCAAAUCUAUUUAGAGCUGAUGGUUGUGGAGAUUGGGGGCAGGGGAUUUAAUAGUGUAAGGAAGUGUUAUGUGUGCGGGGUUAUGAGUGAACUCAGAACUAUUUUCCCUGUGUAUAAUCUCAUGCUUAUACUCAUGUUUGUCUCUACUUCUCUGCCCCAGGUCCCUUGGGAGAAACUCCUUGAGGUGCCCAGGCUGAGACUGGGGGCUAAUGACAGUGUGAGCUCUAGAUGGUGUGAGACCCCUCCCCCCGAGAGCCAAACAAUGGCUACAGCCUUGGAACCAGAGGACCAGGAUCUUUGGGAAGAAGAGGGAAUUCUGAUGGUGAAAUUGGAAGAUGAUUUCACCUGUAGGCCAGAGUCUGUCUUACAGAGAGAUGACCCUGUGCUCGAGACCUCACACCAGAACUUCCGGCGCUUUCGCUACCAGGAAGCCGCAAGCCCUCGAGAAGCUCUCAUCCGACUGCGAGAACUUUGUCAUCAGUGGCUGAGGCCUGAAAGGCGGACAAAGGAGCAGAUCCUAGAGCUGCUUGUGCUGGAACAGUUCCUUACCGUCCUGCCUGGAGAACUGCAGAGCUGGGUGCGGGGCCAACGGCCAGAGAGUGGCGAGGAGGCAGUGACGCUGGUGGAGGGUUUGCAGAAACAACCCAGGAGACCAAGGCGGUGGGUGACUGUCCAUGUUCAUGGCCAGGAAGUCCUGUCAGAGGAGACGGUGCAUCCGGAAGCAGAGCCCGAGUCACCUAGUGAGCUGCAGAACCCUGUGCAGACCUCGACUCCCGAGGCGUCCCGUGAGGAGACCAUACAGAGCCCCAGUCUGGGGCCACCAGAAGAGCAGAGCCUGUGCCAUGAAUUGGAGUUCCAGCCCCUGCAGGAGAGCGAGGUUCCAGUGUCCCAGGACCCAGACCUUCCUGAAGAGAGGAACACUGGAAACCCAGAGAUGGUUGCCCUUCUUACUGCUCUUUCACAGGGAUUGGUAACUUUCAAGGACGUGGCUGUGUGCUUCUCCCAGGACCAGUGGAGCGAUCUGGAUCCCGCACAGAAAGAGUUCUAUGGAGAAUAUGUCUUGGAAGAAGACUGUGGAAUUGUGGUCUCUUUGUCAUUUCCAAUCCCCAGACUAGAUGAGAUCUCCCACGUUAGAGAGGAAGAGCCUUUGGUCCCAGAUACCCCAGAGCCUCAAGAGCCUCAAGAGCCAGAAAUCCUGAGUUUUACCUACACAGGAGAUAGGAGUGAAGAUGAAGAAGAGUAUCUUGAGCAGGAAGAUCUAAGUUUGGAAGAUCUACACAGAUCUAUUUUGGGAGAUCCAGAAAUCCACCAGACUCCAGACUGGGAAAUAGUCCUUGAGGAUGAUCCAAAUAGACUUAACGAAAGAAGAUUUGGUACAAGUAUUUCCCAAGUUAAUAGUUUAUCGAAUCUUCGGGAAACCAUGCCUAUCCACCCCUUGUUAGGGAGACACCAUGACUGUCCUGUAUGUGGGAAAAGUUUCACUUGUAACUCCCACCUUGUUAGACACCUAAGAACUCAUACAGGAGAGAAACCCUAUAAAUGUAUGGAGUGUGGAAAAAGUUACACGCGGAGCUCACAUCUUGCCAGGCACCAGAAGGUUCACAAAAUGGGCACUCCUUAUAAAUUUCCCCUAAACCGGAAGAAUUUGGAUGAGGCCUCCUCUCUGGUCCAGGCUGAGAGAACUCCACCUGUUGAGAAACCCUAUAGGUGUGACGAUUGUGGAAAACACUUCCGCUGGACCUCAGACCUUGUCCGGCAUCAGAGGACACACACAGGAGAAAAACCCUUCUUCUGUACUAUUUGUGGCAAAAGCUUCAGCCAGAAGUCUGUGCUGACAACACACCAAAGAAUCCACCUCGGAGGCAAACCCUACCUGUGUGGAGAGUGUGGGGAGGACUUCAGCGACCACAGGCGGUAUCUGGCGCACCGGAAGACCCACGCAGCUGAGGAGCUGUAUCUCUGUAGCGAGUGUGGGCGGUGCUUCAACCACAGCGCUGCGUUUGCCAAGCACCUGCGAGGACACGCCUCAGUGAGGCCCUGCCGGUGCAACGAAUGUGGGAAAAGUUUCAGUCGGAGGGACCACCUUGUCAGGCAUCAAAGAACCCACACUGGCGAGAAACCGUUCACGUGCCCUACCUGUGGAAAAAGCUUCAGCAGGGGCUAUCACUUAAUCAGGCAUCAGAGGACCCACUCAGAAAAGACCUCCUAGCUAGCUUCCUGUGUGAGGAGGUCUGCAUUCAGCCCUCACCCGGGGAUGGGCGAGGAGAUGCCCUCUUGUCAGCUCGGGAAGACCUUUUCCAGGGAGUCUCCCUGACUUGCCCAGAUCUCCGUCACCUCUUCCCACAGCUAAAUUAAAAUCCCCCUGGCAGAACCUCUCAACCUUCUUCUGCACCUUGAGGAGAUUUUUUUGCCCAAAGUACAACCUGGGUGGAGGCUUCUCCUUGACUGGAGUGUUCCCGCCUCUACCUCAUGGGUGUGAAGGAGGAGAUUUAGAAGACUUCCGAGGUUGUGGUUAUUAUAUUUUGCCCAAAAUAGGCUGUUGCAUAUCCUAAAGACUGCUUCACAGCCUCAAGUAUAAAGUUGCCCAGGACGGCCCUUUAGGUAUGGUAAGGGACCAGCCUCUAGGAUUCUGUCCUUACUGGGCUCAAAUCUUAAAGCACACAGCCCUGAACUCAAGGCAGGAGAUUUGCAUCCUCAUGGCUCUGCCACACACUCACAGGAUAACUACAAAUCUCUCACUGGUUCACUUCUUCACCAUGCACUUUCCUUUGAUCCUGGGGAGAGAUGGGAGAAGUGUCUGAUGGGGGAAAACCUCGAGGCUGUUUCCCGUGGACCUUGUCAGGCUGCUCCCUUACCCAUUGCCAAAUACCAGGUGCCAGACCCUGCUAGAAAGGAGGACCUAGUCAGAAGCCUCUUUCCUUGUGGGAUGCUUUCCUGUUAGAAUACUCAUGCCCACCCUUCUUAGUGUUCUACGAGCCUCUUGGUUUUGCCCCUAGCACUUCUGCAAAAGUGAGGCGCAAGUUGGGUGCUGGGGGCGUCAGUUAAACCAUGAUAUCAUUUACAUUCCCACACGUGUACAAGCCCACCCCUCCUGCCCUCUUCACAUGGGUUUGUGAGGGGAUUUUGGAACCAUGUCAGCUUACAUAGGUACUAUAGUAAUUACAGAGUCAUGAUUGAUUGGGUCACUUCCUUUAUAUGAGGAACAUGAGAAGACCUGAGACCAAACUGUGGAAGCAAAAUUUUUAAAAGCUGUUGCUGCUGGCGAAGGCCAUCAAGACUAUACUGACACCCAGCCCCUGUCAUCCCCGCCUUGGUUCUCUCAUAUCAGGGGAAAUUAGGAACCCCAGCACCUGGGACCCUGAAGAAUUUACCAGGAGUAAAUGGCUUUCAUGUAAUUGCGUUGUUUGCUUUUUCUUAUGUGAUCUCAUUUUUAUGUAAUUAAGAACUAAAUAGUAUUAUCUCAUGACCUGAUAGUAGGAUCUCUGUUGCCUGAUAAAGGUUCCUUGGAGAUGAGGUUGAAUAAUUAUGAACCUCACCUGCUCUGCUUGUGGGAGUGGCAAGGACUGGAUGAGCGUCCUCCGUAAGUGGAGCAUAGGGUAUGGGAUUAAAGCAUGAGAAGGGAGAUUGUCUUCUGUGCCUGGUUUCUUCAGCUGUUUCUCAGUCUAUAAUGUGCCAGUGUGUACAGAGAAAAUGGGUGGGAUAACCCGGCUCAGCCCUACCAGCUCAACAAGGCAAUUCUCAUUUUGGUCACUAAUGAUACUCCAGUUGACCAGUUUUGCUUUGAUACCAGUCAGUCAUUGUCCCGGAGAUAGACACAUAUGUAAUAAAUAAAAGUAACACCGGCA